AUGACUGCUGACCACCCACAGAAAUAUCCCGAAGUGCUGUUCAAGCUUCCAAAUUAUCAAGGCGUCACUAUUGUUGCGCCUUCCAACGCGGCGUUUGAGAACAUCCCGGGAACCCAGCUCAACGCAAUCUGGAACGAGUCGGAUCCUUCCAUAGCCGUUCCUAUCCUAGAGUACCACAUUCUACAGGGCACUGUGUCUACUGACGCUCUUGUCUCCGGCCCAUCAGUCCUGCGCUCCUCUCUCCUCCAAGAUUCAGCUUGGACAAAUGUCACCGGCGGUCAGAACGUCCUUGUCAACAAGCAGCCUGGCGAUGUUAUCGUCUUUACGUCCUCUGAAGGUAUCCGCACAACCCAGGUAGAGGGCGACAUCAAGUUUGCCGGCGGUCUUGUUCAGGUCGUGGACAACCUCCUAAUCCCUCCUGCAAGACUGGAGAACACCACGGAGAGCUUCAAGCUGCCCGCGUUCCUCGGCGCUUUGUACGCCGCCAAGCUCAUUCCCGCCAUAUCGAAUGAGAAGAACGUCACCAUCUUCGCCCCACGCAACGAGGCAUUCCAGCGCAUCGCCGGCUCCGUCAAGAAUAUGGACAGCAACGCCGUCAAGAAGUUUCUCAACUACCACGUCGUUCCCGGAAGAGUUCUGGCGUCGUCCGAUCUCAAGAACGGCACCAAUCUCACCACUCUGACGUCUCAGAGCCUUCGUACCAUCCGGUCCGGCAACAACCUCUUCUUGAACUCGGCGCAAAUCAUCCAGCCCGAUAUCCUCAUCGCAAACGGCAUCAUGCACAUCAUAGACAACGUCUUGAACCCUGACGUGCCGUCGAACCCGAGCCCGGAUGCCGCCAGCCAACCUCCCGUCUUCCCCGAGAGCUCUGCUUCCGGCUUGCCUUUCACGACCGCACUUCCCUGCACUGUCAGCUGUCCAGUGACCACGUCAAGCGCCACUCUCACAGGCACCGCUGCCAGGACUGCUUCGACCACGGGCGUCAGGACCACCACUAGCCCUGGUCUUGCUGCUCCCCGUUGCACUGGUCUUAAUGCUGGUGUGGCCGUUGGUGUUCUGGCAGGCAUCGCCGCACUUGUUUAG